GGGGCUCUGACUUGAUAGGGUGAGGAGGAACAUAAGGUGAAUAUGGAGUGCACGGGGAAGAUCUUUUUCUAUGAGGACAAGAACUUCAAGGGUCACCACUAUGAAUGCAGCAGCGACUGUCCCAAGCUCAACGCUCACUUCCAGCGCUGUAACUCCAUCCGGGUGGAGGGCGGGGCCUGGGUCAUCUACGAGAGACCCCAAUACAUGGGCUACCAGUAUGUCCUCGUGAGAGGGGAGUACCCCAACUACCAGAGCUGGAAUGGCUUCAACGACACCAUCCGCUCCUGUCGGCUCAUCAGACAUCCUUCUAGCAUGCACAAGAUCCGCAUCUACGAACGUCCAGACUUCGGUGGCCAGAUGGUCGAGAUCAGCGAGGAUCUGCCCAACCUGGUGGACCACUGGCGCUACCGUGACAUUCACUCGGCUCACGUCCAGGAUGGGGUCUGGGUUUUCUACGAGCAUCCAAACUACAGGGGACGCCAGUACCUGCUGGAGAAGGGCGAGUACAGACGGCACGCAGAGUGGGGGGCCCUUCAUCCGUCUGUGGGCUCCAUUAGACGUGUUGUGGACUCAUCUUAAACCAUAUCACUUCCUGUUUCUCACCUUCCUCCAUAUUACCCUGGACCUGACUCACCUGCAAAUAAAAACGCACUGACUGAAGCAGAAGGGGAAAUAUUUUAUUUGGUGU